AUGUCAUCAACCCAUACACUUGACAAUGUUAGUUUAUCUAAUCAGCCAGAUGAUUCAGAGCAUUACAGACUGAAUAUUGAAUUGCAGCUGCUCCGCAAAUCAACUGAAGACAGUAUCGCAGUAGUUGAAAAUGAAGUUCCCCUGACACCAGUGGAAGAGCCAAGCGAAUAUAUGAUAAGGAGACGUGAAGGUUCACAUGUAGCUCCUGCGAUCGAGUCACCGGGUGAUUCCCCUCGAUACGAUAGCAGAGCUUUAAUGUAUGGAUCAGAGAAGGAUCAUUCCAGUUUCCCUGACGGAGGCACACAAGCUAACCUCGUUUUACUUGGGUCCUUUAUAGGCUUAAUUGCAGAUUUUGGAAUUGCAAAUUCGUUGGGUGCAAUUGAAUCGUACGUUUCAUCGCACCAAUUGAAAGACAUUUCAAAGUCACAGGUUGGGUGGGUGUUCUCAUUGCAUCUUGGUUGUAUGUAUUGGUUUGGGGUAUUUUUUGGUGAGUUUUUUGAUAAAUUUGGUGCCAAACGACCUUUAAUUGCAGGGAACUUCUUUAUGUGUUUGGGGUUGUUGUGUACAGCUGAGAGUCGCUCGCUUUAUCAAUUUAUUUUGUCAUUUUCCAUUGUCACAGCUAUAGGGACCUCUCUUGCAAUGUCUCCUUUGAUUGGGGUUUUGAGUCACUGGUUUUUGAAAAAGCGAGCCAUCGCAUGCUCAGUGGCCACUAUUGGUGGUUUAGUGGGCUCUUCGUGUUUCACAAUAAUGUUGCAACAAUUGUAUGGUGCGAUUGGAUUUAAAAACGCAAUACGAAUUUUGGCUUGUAUUUGCUUUCUUUUAAUGGCAGUAUCCACUAUAUUGGUUAAGGAAAGAAAGGUGGCCAAUGAAUCGGAGGAACUGGAAGAAAAACUUAGUAUAGUCACUAGAGCCGUUCAGUUUUUUCAAGGUGCCUUGGAUUUUUCUGCUUUGAAAGACAUGAAAUUUGUUUCUUUAUGUUUUGCCAUAUUUUUAAGUGAAGUUAUAUCCAUGACAACUUUGACGUACUUAGCAUCAUAUGCAUUAACUUAUAACAUUGAUGAAACAAAGUCUUAUCUUAUGCUUACUUUGGUGAAUGUUUGCGGGAUACCUUCUAGGUUGUUGUCAGGAUUGUUGGCUGAUAAAUACGGGAGAUUCAAUGUUAUGUGUUUGUCAGCAACUUUAACUACUGUUUUCAUAUUUGGCUUGUGGUAUCCAGCAAACAAUAUGGCUUUGUUGUUUGCCUUUAGUAUUUUGUUUGGUAUAUCGUCUUCUGCCGUGAUAUCCUUAAUUCCAGCUUGCACAGGACAAAUUUGUUCUGCUGAGAGAUUUGGUAAAGUUUAUGGCACAUUGUACUUUUUCUUGGGGUUUUUAACGAUAUUGGGGAUGUAUCUUGCUACAUUGGUUAUUGCUGAAGGAACUCAAGAGAGCUAUAGUCAUUUUGUGCUCUUUGAGGGUGCUCUAUCGGCUCUUAGUAUUGUUGUUUGGAUAUGGGCAAGGUUCAGUGCUGUUGGUUGGAAAUGGUGCAAAUUCUAA